AUGCCGCCGCGCAUACUCCUUGCCAAACCGUCACCCGCAAAUCGCGCCGCUUCGGACGCGCAAUCGUCCGCUAGCGGCGCUUCCGAACGACCGCUUCCGCCCAGCACCGCCGCUGGUGCUCCGGGAAAUUUCCGCGCAUCUCCGCCCGCGAGCGUGGGGGACGGCAAAGCCUCCGCCUCCCCCUUCCCGUCCCCCGCAGACGCUUUCCGCCACAGCACAGGCGCGGCUCCGCAAGUGUCGAUCGCGCGACCUGGGAUUUUAACGGCUAGUGGCAUUUUGCCGUACGUUAGUCAGUAUGCUGGCGCUGCGAGUACGAGUGGAGCUGGAAAUCCCGCCGCAAUUGGCGGCGGGACCGGCGGCGGCGGAGCUGUAGGAGGCUUUGCGCACGGCACGGGGAGGGCGCAUGGCGGGGGUUAUGGCGGAGGCGCGGGAGGGUACAGCGCAGGGGGGACCGGGGGAGCAAGCGCGGGGGGGAGUGGAGGCGCUGUGCGCAUUCUAAGAGAUGACAGGGCGGGGGGAGGCGCGGGGGCAGCGGGGGCAGGUGGCAGGUACUCAGGUGAGUUCUCGCAUGAACUAGGUGCGAUCGCAAUGUGCGUCUCCUUCCCUCUCUCCCACGCACACACCCCUCUCCUCUCCCCCAGCCUCUCUCAGACACCACGGUCUCCCCUCCCCCUUCCCUUUCCCCUCCCCCUCCCCCUCUCCCACCCCCACUCCCUCCCCCUCUCCCUCCUUUCCGCCCGCCCCUCCCACCAGGCUCUUUCACAAAACACGGACUUAACAGUGCUGGCAGUGGCGCUCUCAGACACAUGGCACGGACUUCACAGUGCUGGCAGUGCUGUGCUGGCAGUGCUGUGCUGGCAGUGCUGUGCUGGCAGUGCAGGGUCCUCCCUCCCUCUCUCCUCGUCAGUUCCCCUCGCUCAACAGGGUCUCCCCUCCCUCUCCCGCUCCCCACACCUCCCCUUUUCGUCCCAGGCUCUUUCAGACAACACGGACUUCACAGUGCUGGCGGUGCUGGGACCGCCCUCCCUCGGCAAGUCAUCGCUUCUCAACGCACUUGCUGCCGCACACAUCCCCGCACAUGCCGCUGCUGCUGGUGAGCGCACUGCUGCUGGGCCCCUGGGGGGGGUGUUUGCGGUGGGGGGCGAGGAGCAGGUGUUGGCAGGGCGGCACUGCAGCAGUGGCGUGGAGGCGCAUGUGACCAUGGAUAGACUGCUGCUCAUAGACACGCAGCCCAUCAACAGCGCCUCUCUCCUGCUAGACGUCACGCGUGCUGACGGAACGGCCAGUAUCGACAUCGUCCCUCCUCGUCCUCCUCAUGCCGCCGCCGCCGCCACUGCCGAUGGUGAUGCUGCUGCUGCUGCUUAUGCGGGGGAGGCGGGCGAUUCUUCUCUGAUCAGUGCUGAGCUCGCUCACACCAUCAUGGGUCUGCAACUAGGGGUGUUCCUCUUCUCCGUGUGUCACCUGGUGAUCGUGGUGUGUGAUGGAAUAAACGACCGUGCCACCUGGGAGUACAUCCAGACCGUUCAAAUGCUGCGCCUCUCCCCAUCUCAAAGCCCCUGGGGCGCUUCAAAGGCUGCUGUGACCUCAGCUGCUGCUGCUGCUGCUGGUGCUGCUGGUGCUGGUGCGGCUGCUGUUGGCCCGUCUACUGGAGGGGAUCACAGGGAGAGCGGAUGUUGGGUGGGAGAUGAGAUGGUUUUGGGGAAGGAGGGAGAGGAGAGCUUCAGUGGCGAUGCUCUCUUUGUGUUUGCCAGAGUACCCCCAUCGGACUUAACACCCAGUCAUCUCUCCUCCACCCUCUCGCACCUCUCCUCCCUCCUCUCCCACACCACACUCCUCACCCCACCCUCGCGGCUCAUCACACCGCCGCUCCCUUUCACCUCCGCUCCUCUCGCCCCUCCUCCUCUCUUGCCGCUCGGGUCUGGUAAGGAGGGGGGGAGAGGAAGCAGAGGGAGUAGAGGAAGGGGAAGGGGAAUCGAGAGAGGAGGGAGCAGAGGGAGAGGAGGGAGAGGGAGAGGGGGAAGAGUAGGGUACUUGAAAGGGGGGCAUGGUGAUGGUGAGAGGGUUGAGGGUGGGGCUACUCAUGGGGUUAACCCUAAACAGCACAUGCAGGAGGAUGGAGGAGCAGGAGGAGCAGGAGGAGCAGGAGGAGCAGGAGGAGCAGGAGGAGCAGGAGGAGCAGGAGGAGCAGCAGCAGGAGGGAGGGCGAGUGGAGAAUGGCAGAGCAGCAAGCAUGGCAGUGGUUUGCAGGACAGCAAGCGAGGCAGUAGAGGUGGUGGUGGUGGGAAGGAGGAGGAGGUGGAGGAGGGGUCGGUCAGCUUCUGGGUGCUACCGUCAGAAGACCCCUGGGCGUGGGCGGAGGGUGCUGCUGUGAAUGCAGUGUUGGGAGGCGGGGGAGGGGGAGGGGGGUUGGGGAGAGUGGCAGGAGGCGGUGGAAUGGGGUCGUUGAGUGGUUACAGACAGCAGCUGAAGCACAAGAUCUUGAGCAUGCACAAGAAGCCAUUCCCAGAGCCAGUAACAGAGAGGGAGUGGGCAAUGAGAGCAGCAGCAGCGUGGGGUGCUGUGCGCACAUCACCCCUCAUCGCACAAUUCGCUCACUUCCUCCAAGCGUCUCCGCUCUUCCAACAGCCAUAG